AUGCGGCUGCUCCCAGCCCUGGCUCUGGCCCUGCUCCUGCUCCUGAGCAGCUCGGUGCCAGUGGGCGGUCUGUCGCUGGAGAGCCUGCUGACCAACAUGAGGUGCAAGUGCAUCAAAUCCACCGCCCACGUCAUCAACCUGGGGCUGAUCCUCACCAUCCACGUUACCCCGCCGGGCAUUUACUGCAGGAGGAAGGAGGUCAUCCUCACCCUGAAGAAGAACAGGCAGGUGUGCGUGACCCCUGAGGCGCCCUGGAUCCAGCUGCUCAUCCACAAGCUGAUGCAGAGGAAUGGCAUCAAAAAAGCACUGCCACGGCUGCGGCGUGAGGCACCAUGCUGCCGGACCCCUUGGAGACCCCCCACUCCAUCCCUCCCACUGGCCACAUCCCAGGAAUCCAUGGUUAUGAAUCCCUCGUGGGACAGGAAUGACACAGCCCCCCUGCCCUGA